AUGCGCUCCAGCUAUUUCAGCGCUGCGUUUGCAUUGGUAGCGACGCUUGGGCAAGCUCACGACCCAAGAGUGCGACUGAUGUACUUCGAUGACGACUUGAUCGACUUUGGAGUGGCGUCAGGCGCCGCCGGCGCUGACGAGGGCGACGACGAUGACUAUGCCUGGCAUGAGGGCACUGGCUCCGGCGCCUCGUCGAAUUCUUCGAGUGUGCAGACUCUGGAGGUGUCUUCGGCGACGCCCCGGAGGAAGCGCGGAUCGCGCGGUGGUUCUCAGAAGGCGGCCUCAGACAAGGAGAAGGACGUGAAGAGAUGGAGGUCGGGAGCCAUCCCGCCCGCGCCUGUGUUUGAUGGUGACAUUGAGAAGGACCCUUACUGUUUGCGCCAUUACAAGCGCAAACUCAGCCGGUGGUUGAAGAUCACGAGAGAAUUUUUGCCGCCAAAUGAACAGGCGCUGAGGGCGCUUGAACAGCUCAAGGGUGAAGCCGAAUUGGAGUUUGAAGAGGUCGACGACUCCAAGUUCGACUGCAAGGAUGGCGUUGCAAAGCUUGUUAAGGAUCUUGAAGUGUCCUUCGGCGAGAGGGAGCUUUUCCGUCAAGGGGGUACAAUCCGGGAGUUUGAGCAGGUAUGCCGUCUUCAAGGUGAGAGCGUGUCGGCUUUUAUAAGAAGGUUUCGUUUGUUGGAGCGCAAGUUGAAGGACAACCGGGUGCCGCCGUACCCGGAGCAGGCUCGUGUGGUUAAGCUGCUGGACGGUCUUCGCUUGGAUGACAAAUCGGUGUCGUCCGUUUUGCUGGCAGCUGGAAACCAGUACGACAUGACUAAGGUCCUCGAGGCGCUCCGCAUCCAGUACCCGGCCGGCAUGACAAUCACCGGUAUACCCCGAGCUCGGUUCGACUACAUCUUCGAGGUCAAGUGCGUCGACUUCCUCUACACGCUCCACCGCGUCUACGAGGAGUACCCAGAAACUGAGGCCUGGGAUUUGCCCCAGGAAGAUGACGCUGAGCUCGUGGUACCGGACCACGAGGAGACUGUCCUGCCCGACAUUCCCGAGGAGGAGAACGAGAACCUCAUUCAGGAUGAGGAGCCGCUCUACGAAGAGGCCGAGUGGACAGCCCAGGACCAGGACCCGGUCGGCGAUAUGCUCGCCGAGGCUGCUCAAGCCCUCACUGUCACUUCGAAGAAGCUGGCCGGCCUCGCUCAAGCCAGAGGGUUCUACCAGCCGAAGGGCGCUUCCUCUACCUCUUCGGGAAAAGGCAAGGGCAAGAAGGGCUCUUUCCCUUCCGGCAAGGGCAAGGGCAAGCAUGGGAAGUCCGGCAACAAGGGCGUCGGCAAGAGCAAAGGCAAGGGCAAGGGCAAAUUGGAUGCCCAAUCCGCGCUGCAACAGCAGCGUCUGCAAGGCAGCCUGUGCUUGGGUUGCGGCUCGGCAGAUCAUUGGCUCCGCGACUGCCCGAACUUCAAUAUGCAGAAUGCUCAGCUGGCCUCGGCAAGUGUGACCGGUCUAUGCCUGGACGCUGAUGGCGCAGUGGAGCACUACUCAAGCUGGACGGCCUCGACGAAUGUCGAUGCUUAUGUUCCGGAGCAAGAUGACUCGCCGAAUGUCGUGGUGCUUCGCAAAAAGAAGGUCUACUUCAAGCUGCCUCCGCUACAUGAAUUUGAGCCCAAAGUUGAUAGACCUCCGAACGUGCUGUUGCAGUACUGCGAAGGACCCUGUUCGGCAUAUAUCAUAGCAGACACCGGAUGUCAACGUCAAGUAGCAGGCAAGGCUUGGCAUGACCAGAAGGCCCUCGAAAUUCUUCCCCUCAAGAGACUCGAGUUCCCCGACAAGUGCAAGUUUUCCUUUGGUCCGAGUGCUCCGGUUGCCUCUGUCGGUCGGAACGUGUAUCCCGUGGCUAUUGCAGGUGUGCAUUUCAGUCUGUCGGUGAGUGUGGUCAUCGCCAAGGCCCCUCCGCGAUGGUUGGUUCGUUGGCGAGCUUUUCUUCAGCGACUGCUGGGGUUCGUGAACAACGUCCAGCAGAUGGUGCUGCUGUACUCGAUGACGGCCCUCAAAGGCAAUCUGAAGGACCGCAUCCUGAGGAACUAUGGGGUCCCAUCGACAGCCACCACGGUGUUGAGCACAGUGGGAGCUCUUGCGGCUCAGACGGCGCUGACGAACCAGUCCUACCUGAGGAAGCCGGACCAGUGCAAUCACUCCUCGGGACUUCGGGCCUACGGCGGAGGCGGGACCAAGGUGAGGAUAUGCGAUCUUUGCGGAUCCAGAUGGGUGGUGAUGCCAAACGGAAACCAAGUGCCGGCAACACCAAAAGCCUCGCCUCAGGCCAAAACGCCCCUCGACCUGCCGGAUCGGGUGGUGCAAGCACUUCGCAAAGAGCGCGAGGCCAAGAAACCGAAGGCGAAGGCCGCCGGCGUGGGAUCCACGCACGAGUACGUGGACCGAGAUGCAGCAUACCCCGCCUCUUGGCAUCCCUCCUCAAUAUCCUCGCGGGAAUUUGUUCGGGGUCCUCCGGCGGCUACGGCUACGAGACGGUCAUCCCCGACGGCACGACUGCAAGCCAGGCCGAAGCCUUCGGCUCCUCCGGCUCCGAAGCGACGAACAUGGAUGGCGAGCCCGCCUCAGUCGGACAACGAUCGAAUGAGCGUGGACCGGCACAGCGUGGGCACCUACGAUCAGGACUGGACCACCUGGGAGGAGCCCAACUUCUUCAUCGAGCACAACGACCAGCUGGAAGGCUCGGAGGGCAGCCAAUUCGACCCGAACGACCUGGUGCCGGAUGUGGACGAGUACGGAGAGGUGAAGUCCGGAAUGAUCAAGAGACUGUUGGGCAACCAACGUGCGGUACAUUCCAUGUGGCUGGUGGAACGCGAUGUCUACCAGCAGCGAACUCGACAGGCUCGAGAGAUGCGAAGGUUUCUUGUCGACCUCCUGGAGAUCUACGGCGGCACGGCGGAGAUCACAGCUCAAGCACUUCGAGCAGGACUCCGAGCUCUACAGCCAGUUGACCGCGUAUAUGGUCUAAAUUUGCAGUCUCGGUCUGACUUUGACAAGCUUGAGGCUUUGGUACUACGUCACCGGCCGUACCUCCUCGUCUACGAGAUUCCGUGUACCGCCUGGUCCAACAUUCAGCACCUCAACCGGGCACCGCAUGAACUUCAAGUUCUUCGUGAUCAACAGGGACUGGCCAUCCAACGUAUGGUCAGACUGAUCAAGAAGGCACGUCAAGUCUACGGCAGUCAUUUUCUCCUCGAAAACCCCGCCUACACGGAUUUCUGGAAGCAUCCGUCCAUUCAACACCUACAGCAACUGCCAGGUGUCGAUUUCCAGGUUGGAUGUAUGUGUGCUCACAAGCUUAUGGAUCCAGCCGGGAAGUUACUCAAGAAGCCCACCGGUUGGAUGUCUGACCUACCCUUGGUUCUGGCCCAGGUGGCCAAACCGUGCCAGUGCGCUCCUGGAAUGCAUGGACAGGUCCUGGGCGGCAACAGCCAGCGAGCUCAGGUGUACACCCUGGAGCUUGCUCAAGCAGUCGUUUCGGGACUGCACGCUUCGCUCGAGGCCGACGGCGAUGAGAGGAUGACCCAGCACGCGUUGAACUUCCACGACCACGCCUCGGUGUACUUCCUGGACAUCAACCGUCACGAGGACUCCUGGCUGCCUUUGCUGAAAGAAGUAGAUGAGCAGCUGAAAGGAAAAGUCCGGCCCGACAAGGUGAUUCCUCUGAACACCCCCUUCGGCGAGCAAGUGAAGGCCCUGGUUCCAUGGAAGUUGGAAAGACUUCAGGUUUGCAGAACCCCAAUACAACGACGCCUACCACUGGAAGUUCUGCAAGCCGGGGCUCGCCACCGAGGCGCAGCUUUGUGGUUGUCUGACGGCAACGUGAAGCUGGAAGCCGAGACGGUUGACUCAAUCAUGGCUCAGUCGGCCAACAAGUUCGCUGCUCCUGUUAGGGCAGCCAUCUUCUUCUUCGGCUCAGCUCCGGAUACCAGCCUCAACGAGACUGAGAAUGCUAAGCCCGAGCCGACGGUGAAGACGACCCAGAAGGAGGACAAGGUAGAUGACACUGAGGUGCUUCGGCCCCACGAGCCGGGCUAUCGUGACAUCACCUUCCCUGGAGCACCUGCUGCGCCCAGGUGGUUACUUCAAGUGCUACGACGUGUUCAUACUAACCUGGGUCACCCCAGCACCGCCACCUUGGUGCGCCAUCUGGCUCACUCUGGAGCCUCCGAGCUUGCUGUGCAAUGCGCCCGCAAGCUGAAGUGUGAAGUUUGCCGUCGAGUUCAACCACCUCGACAACCUCGUCCAGCCAAGCCUUUUACUCCCCAGCGAUUCAAUGACAAGCUUGGUCUGGACGUUUUGUGGCUGAAAGAUAUACGAGGCAAACUACACGGUUACUUGUCACAGGUCGACGAGGCCACCUGUUACCAUGUGUUGAGCUACCUGGCCGACAGGACAGAGGAAGAGGUGAUGAAGGUGCUCAUCAAUGGCUGGAUGUCCUUCUUCGGGCCUCCAGAUUCCUUGGUUCUCGAUGCCGAUGGAUGUUUUCGCGGUUACCGCUUUGAGACGCUGCAAGCCCAGUGUGCUACGCAGGUUCGUUAUGUGCCAGCCGACGCCCACUACCAGCUUGGCCGUACGGAGCGUCAUGGACAGGCCAUCAAGUACAUUGUGCAGAGACUGGUGAGCCAGUUUUCUCCUGUGGGCGCAGCGGAGCUCAACGUCAUCACGGCCAUGGCGGCUUUCGCAAAGAAUAACCUGCUCAACCGCUCAGGCGGUGUGGAAGCUUGCCAACUCGCCACGGACUCGGAGAGACUUCAACGGAUCGAAGCAGUUCGUCAAAAGGUGGCUUACUUUCGGCAGAAAAACGGCCUCGAUGGCGAAGGGUCAACCGAAGGAUACCGCCAGGGAACCAUCGUCGCCAUCGACAAGGGCACUCUUUGGCUCCGCAACACUCGCGGACGACUUGUGUCUUGCAGCCGUGAGCAAGUGCGUGACGUUGGCGGCGAGGAGGAGUGGUGGGCACCAAGUCAGCAGGACUUGGACCUCCUUAAAAAAUCUGACCAGGAUUUGGCUGACAAGCACUCCCUCGCCUUCCGGUCAGAUGAUGUUCCUGGCCCCGGCCAAGAUCAGGCUGCGCUUGACAUGCUGGAUUCCGCUUUGCAGCCUGCUACGUUGUCAGUGCCGGCUACGCCAUCUUCGUUACCUGUGUUGGAUGCGGCAGGCCAACCCGUGCCUGAAGGACAAAUUCCCCUGGUGGCGCCGUUGAUGCUGGUUCCGCCGACUCCUCGCUCGGCUCCUGGCACUCCGAGGUUGAAGGCGAAGCUUCGUACAGUUCCGGAAGACAACGUGAUCCACUACCACCAGCGGAACAAGCGACCGCAUCAGCAGGACAACGUGUUCCACUACCACCAGCGGAACAAGCGACUGCAUCAGCAGGACAACGUGAUCCACUACCUGGUCCUUUUGUUGAUGCUCAGCAACCUUCUCGCGAGCGUCGUCUACAUCGGGGGCAACUUCUGGUCUGCAGAGCGUGCUGCCCGUACAGCUGAGGAUAUGGAGCCCGAGACGGCUCUACUUGCAACGACAGUGAAUUCACCUCUUUUGGUUGAGAGUUGGUUUGAUGAGGUCAAGGAAAGGGAGGCAAUGAACCAGUUCUUUAAUGACCAUGCCUCUCCUCAAGAUUCCGGACCUCGUGAUGUUCUGAGCUCACAAGCCAAUUUGGCAAAUGCGAGUUCCUCACUCGAGAGACAACACGGCAGCAUCCAAAGGUUGGAUGUGCUGCGUCGACAUGGACGAAGCGAUGCCUUUCUUCCUGGAUGGGAUGGCAGCCCCUGUGAGCUGCAACCUUUCUUCAGUCAAGAGUGCUAUCUUACCGCGGCCGACAGGUUCGGCAAGCACGUUGAUGUCAAACCUCCCAAGGCUCAGACUCGAGCCAAGUCCGAGGAGAUGGCUAAGCGGCUGUUGCACCAAAAAAAAUUUCGAGGCGCUGUUUGUCACCAACUUCUUGACGCCGUGGAUAUGCCUAUGAGUCAACGACGGUGUCUGGAACAUGAACGACCCACGUCGGCCCUGGCACUGGGUCUCUACGCUCAUGGCGGCUUUCAGGGAAUUACCCGCCGAAGUCAGGACCACAAGCACCUGAUCAAGUACCUCCUUGAGUACCUGAAGUUUCACGGCAUGGACGACAAGGUGACGUCGCUGUUCGUCUCCCGCAACGGCAAGGCCAGCCUGCACCGGGACAACCACAACCUCGACCAGAGCCUGAACUGGGUGUCCACCGUGGGCGACUACCGAGGAGGCUCCCUGUGGGUGGAAUGCCGCUCACCACACGUGCCGGCCGAUGCUGUUUGGAAGAGUAUCAAUGGUGAGAGCGUGCCAGGCUUCUUGGCAGAUCCUCGAGGCCGUGUUCUUUCCUUUCAUCCAAAAUGUCGGCACGAAACUCAGCCCUUUGCUGGCGAGCGCUAUGCCAUCACCGCCUACACCAGCCGUAGUCUGGCUACAGCCGGACCUGAACUUCGUCGAGAUCUUCGACGACUUGGAUUCCUUCAGAGCUCCACGUUCGGCACCUACAACGCGGAUGUGGACCAGCCAGACAACGACAAGGACAUCCUGGAUGACGAGCCGGUGCAUCAGACCUACCCCCUGAAGGCUUGGCAAACUCCCGGGGAAGGCGAAGCUGUGGUGAUGGAGAGCUCCAACUCGGAAGGAGCAGAUGGUCCUGGUGAGUCCGUUUCUCGGGCUCAGAAACAGGCCCUCAAGAAGGAGCUACCAUGGCAGGCAAUGAGCCAAGCCGAGGUCCCGAAGUUCGUGCAAGCCCUGGCUGACGAAUGGGCCGAAUGGCAAAAAUGGUCAUCGUGCCAAGCGGUGCAUCUCGACCCCUCCCAGGUCGACGCCAAGCUCAUAUUGCGCUCACGC